AGGACAUAUGGAGUCUAGCAACAAGGACCGCUUUGAAUCUAUAACAGUAGUGGAUCUUGGCCACAACCACGAAAUAACACCGGAUUGCGCAGGAAGCUGGAUUGCUGUGUCGUAUAGUUAUAGUUUCCGUGUCACUAGAAUAUUUUACAAAUGUAGAAACGAUGAACGUGCACGUGGCUACUUUAAUUUCCCUAAGCUCAUUAACUUAAGCAUUCCUCAGCUAUCAUGUAGAGUGAUAGCUUGAAAAUAAGUUUAAAUACUCCCGUUUUAAAAUGUAAUUUUAUUUUAAUCUCUUUUGAAAAAAAAAAUCGUUUAAAACUGAAAAUAUUUUAACUCGCUAUGUCGAAGCAACAAAGUGUUGACUGAAAUUGGAAAAAGAUGAAAUAAAAUUGUAAAAGGUGAAAUAAUAAAGCUGUAAAAAAGGUGAAUUAUCCAAUCUAUCUUGCUACUUUAUGUAUAUGAUAUGGAUAUAAUUUUGGAAAAUCAUAUAUGUAGAGCAUUGCGAUAUGCUUCGUUGCUUUCUGUUAAAAUUUAAUAUUUUGUCAAAUGAUUUUUCGUGGAACGUUUAAAUUGUAUAUUAGGUAGUGGUGUCGUGAGAGAAAAUUACACAUUGUUUAUUCCUUAUUUUAGAUAUGGAACCAGAACCAUACGCAGCAGGACUACGACCAGCAUCAGCAUCGGCAACAGCACCAGUACCAACAUCAGCACCAGGAGUCAGCAACACGGAGCUAGGACAGGAUUUUUUAAAUAUAGUUAACAUUAAUAACGGUAGUGGUGAUGGUAAUAAUUAUAAUACUAACAAUUCCGACCAGGAGGACAUUAAUUCGGAUGGGGACAGCUGUGUCGAUUUUGACGACGACAUGGUUGGUCGGGACGAUGCGUACGAUUUUAUCGAUGAAAUGGAUCUUAUAGACAAUCUGAGAUACCUUGUUGUUACGUGUCAGCUCCCCCGUUCGACGGCCAACUUGUUACUGGCGAUCCUACGGAAGAAGCUAAACUUAGAUCUUCCCAAAGAUGCGCGGACCCUAGUGAAGACACCCACUGGGAUUGGAAAGAUUGUUAAACCAAUUCCUGGUGGUGAUUAUUGGUAUGGAGGUCUUAAGUCGGUCCUGGCCCAACAUUUGCAGAACGUCAAUCCCGGAGUGACACCUUUUUCCUUGGAUGUGUCAAUCGCCCUCUUCUCAGAGCUGGGCCAACCCAACUUUGGCCGAUUCUAGUGAAAGUGGUAGAGUUGCCAAAGGUGCCGGUGAUGAUGGUGGCUACGUUUAGUGGCGCAUCAAAACCGGGAAGCAUCAUACCAUAUCUGGAGCCGUUCAUAGAUGAGCUGAAUCUGAUUUAGCGGGAAGGUUUGGUUAUCGGCGAUAAAACGGUGCAAUUUAGAGUCCGCGCUUUUAUCGCUGAUUCACCAGCUCGUGCUUUUUUAAAGGGUAAGUCGUUAGAAUAUAAAAAUUAUAAAAAUAUAGCCAUAAGAGGUUCAGAGGUCUAAUCAUGGAUUUUUUGUUUUAUUUUUUCAGCAACAACGAGCUAUACGGGUUAUCACGGUUGUUUGAAGUGUUCUGCUGUUGGCGAAUACUCUCCCAUAGGUAAAAAGAUGAUCUUUGAUACCGUGGAUGCUCCCCUACGUACGGACGCAGGGUUUCGUAAUAGAGUAUGCAGGGGACAUCAUAAGAAAUGGCGAACCCCGCUGGAAAAAUUAGAUAAUUUUGAUAUGAUCAAAGGAGUUGUUUCCUGCGAUCGACUACAUUUAGUUGAUUUGGGUGGGACCCGGGGUCAUUUGCGGGGAAUGAUUGAUGGGAAGUUUACGACGGUUUGUGAUAAGCGAACCCCCCGAUCGAAGGAAACUGUAUCGCAAUUUUUAUUACGUAUGUAGCUUCCUUCUGAGGUGCAACGGCGUAAGCGGCACCUCAAACAUAUCACCUUUUGGAAAGGAUCCGAAUAUCGGACCUUCCUCCAUUACGCAAGUGUUGUGGUCAUGAAGGACUAUAUGAAUUGUAAAACAUAUAGUCACUUCCAACUCUACUUUUGCGGUGUGACGAUUUUUUCUUCAUCGGCACAUCAGCACCUCUGGCCUCUAGCAGACGUAUUACGUAUUACUACGCAGACGUAGUUAUUUUAUUAUGCAUUCCAGCCAGAAGAUUCCUAGCGGAAAUUACAUCGACAUUAACAUCAACAUGAACGGAUUUCCUCUCCACAAAAGCGGAAAAAACGAACUUUGGCCGAUUUUGAUGCAGGUGCACAAUGAUAAAACGAUCCUAAAU